ACAUAUUGAGCAAUACCCAUUGCACACCAAAGUGCAAUUGAUAGUAUAAAAUCUAUUAGAUGUAAAUGAGAGGACUCCUCUCAAAAUAAACCUUAAACAUCAGACUCAAACGAGCCAAACGCUUGCUUUCAAGAGUAUCAAAACCAUGGAUUAUUUAUCGACUGCGGAAUCAUUUCUGAAUGAAGUGAGGCAAUAUUUAAAGAAGUUGAGUCUGAAGGGCUUUCAUGCUAUGGAGUUUCUGCAGUUUUGUGGAAAUGUUUAAAGCCAUUAAUUUCAGAAUUGGAAGAUUGAAGCCACUAAAAACCUCACAGAAGCCACUAAAAACCUCACAGAAGUAUUUAAAGGUUAACAAUUCUUGGCUUUUUGAAGGAGACAGAUCAUGGGUCCGCCAAAGCUUUUAAAGAACAAGCCCAAGAAAGGUGCAGUAGCAAAAGCAGGUGCAGGAGCAAAAGUAGUGAUGGAAUCAAACUUAACUGAUACUGUUGCUUCAUCGCACAAGAAAUCUUUCAUCAGCCGCUACAGAUACGCCUGGCCAGCCUUGCUAGCUGUAAAUCUCGUAGUAGGCGGAAUGGCAUGGACUUGGAUGAGGAGGAUGUGUUCACAAAGUAUCUUAGAGGGAUUGAUUCUAACAAUUGAAAGAGGGUGGUUACUUACAAUCGAAAUGACUUGGUUGAAGUAUGUGACCAAGCUUACUGCAUGGAGGAGAAGAAAAGGUUAUGUCUUACUUAGAACAAGAACAAGGACUGUAGAUAAGGAGUUAGGAGAAGAUGCUCCACUUGUUGCUACUGAGUCAGUGCUGCAACCUGUAUCAACAAUUAGAUCACCUCCCAGAGAAAAAUAAAGGCAUCAAAAGAGUCUGAGAAGAGACAAAUUGACAGAGGGAGCUUUUCUUUACCACUAUAUUGAGAGUAAAGAAAUUCAUGGUUUCUAGAAAAUGUUAAUUGUACCAGUGGGCAAUAUGUGUUUUUUUUUGUCUGUGAUGUAGCGUUUCUGCUGGACUUGAACUGAGAACUAAGUUUGAUUUUCAAUAUGCAAAUUUGCAUUGGGCAGGUUGAAGCAACUUUUCAGUUUUGUAUGCAUUCUAAUUUUUUUGUCUGCACUUGCUUUUUUAACAUUUGCAGGCACGAGAACAAUGAAGUAAAAUAUAUGAAAUUCAUACAACACAGAACAUUCAUUUCAUUUUAUUUUUAA